AAACCGAAAGGGCCACCGAGAUAUUCGUAGCUGAGUCGCUCGUGAAUUUGAAGAACAGUCUGCUAGCAACCGAGGGAAAAGCCAGACCGAUGGGGAAAGCAUAUGUGUGGAGCAUCCUCAUAUUGAGUGUACCAGCGGCGUGUGAGCUGCUUAGUGUGCCAUCAUAUGCGAAUCUCGUCGCAGCUUUACACAAACAUUUCGCGUCAAGAUGCACUUACAUUAUACACGAUGAACACUACAAUGAAGGCACUAACACAAAGCACGAUUUCAAAAUCCAAAUGGCUGAUGAUUGCUGAAGAAGGUUUUGAUAUCAAUAACAUUCUCGCUGGCGCAUUCAUCCCUUUUAAUACAGAGUUUGUGUUAGCCAUGCGUAACGGAGAAAUUUACAAUGUUAGUGAAAUAUACCAAGUUUCUCCCGAAUUCUCUUUAACGACAGUGGCCCUUGGUGAAUGGGACCCUAAGAGGAAUCGCAGCUGGAAUAUACCGAGCAUUUACAGACGAAGGACCGACUUACAGGGCGUUACUUUAAAUGUAACAACUUUGGAGUAUUCUCCAAUGUUAACGCUGAACGAGAAUGGCAUUGGUGGUUUCUUUGGCAUUGUUUGGACCCACCUCGAGAAAACACUAAAUUUCAAGAGCAGAUUUAAACGACCUCCUGAUAACGCCUGGGGGACAAUGGACGAAAAUGGGACGUGGGAUGGGAUGAUAGCGUUGCUGUUGAGUGGAGAGGCUGAUGUAGGCGUCAAUGCCUUUACGCUGACGAAAAGUCGCUUAACUGCUGUUGAUUUUAGCUCUCCAGUCAUCUACACAAGUAUAUGUAUUUUCAUUGCGCUACAAAAAACUCGCGAGUUCGCGUGGACGGACUACGUGAGACCAUUCAGCUCCUGGCUGUGGCUAGCUGUGUGUGUGUGCAUGAUGGGCCUAUCGCUGUGCAUGCCACUGCUUCACCACGCAGGAAGGCUCGCCGGCACCUACGCUUACGAACCGCAGUGCCAUAACCCUGUAAUAAGCAUUUUCUACGUAUUUGGUAUAUUCUGCCAGCAAGGUCAUGACCUGACUCCUGAGUCUCUACCCUGCCGCGUUCUGUAUUUUACUGCAUACAUAACAGCUGUCAUUAUUCUGGCAUCGUACUCAGCUGGCCUUAUAGCUUUCCUUACUGUGAUAAAAGUGUCCCUCCCGUUCACGGACUUCAAGAGCCUCCUAGACCUUGGAACAUAUCGCCUAGGCAUGGCCCACAAGUCUGGGGUGCUGAAUGUUUUUAAUGAUGCUACAGUACCGCUGCUGAAGAAUGUAUAUCGGAAGCUUAUACUACCAGGUAUAAACAACUUGCCCAAAAACCAAGACGAUGUAGUGAAGCGACUGUGCAGCUCCAAAUACGCUUACAUGCGAUCGCGGAUCCUCGGCGUGAGGGACGACAGCGGUAGCUGCAACAUCGUGCCCGUUCCACAAGCUUCUCUGCCGGAGACACUCAGCUUGGUCUUCCCCAAGAACAGCUCCUACAGGGGGCUCAUCAACGUUGUGUUGCAGAGGUAUAAGGAAAUUGGGGUCUUGAGAAGAACUGAAACCGAAAUAUGGCCGAAGGUCGUGCAUUUCGAGGACAACAGCUACACAACAGUGGGCUUUGACAAAGUAAUUCCAGUGUUCGUAGUACUGUCCGCGGGCAUGGCUCUGUCUAUCAUUAUUUUCUGCCUCGAGUACGCGAGGGUUUUUCCGAUAGCGAAGUUGCAGGAUCUCUGUUACGGAGAAGAGUAUGCCGGAGGCGUGUAUGAACAGCCGGAUGAGGGCCUCUUUGCGAGUACUGUCAUACGUUCGGCGCAGUCUUCAUCUGGUUCGCACGAGAUCAGGCCUAUUGCUCAUGCCGUCGGAGAAGGCAUUGUUCCCGAGGAUGGUUCCACUAGAAUGGUUGAUGGGACGGACAAAUACCUGGCUGUCGAUCUACAAGGAAGCAUGAAUGUUCGGCAUACUUCACCUCCACGCAGCUAA